AUGAUGGACGGCGCCCAGGGCUCUGGGCUAAACGAGCCGCCCCAGGAGCCCACGCCACAGCUUGAGCAAUCCCAAGGCGCCGACAGCCCCAGGGAACACGAGCCAACCAUACUCUCGUACAAUUGGAACACUUUUCCAUCAGAGCUUCGAUUCAUAAUCCUAAAAGAAUUAUCCAAGGUUCAGUCUGAAGAGACGUCGGAUCAAAAAGGCCUCUUGCCCACCGUUUGUGCUGAAUGGCAAGAUUUCUUCGAAAAGCGAAACUUCGAGACUCUGAAGCUUCAGUCUCGUGACGACAUCAUCACACUCAGAGACUACGUCAUUGACCGCCGUCAGAUGUAUGUCAAGAUAAUUUGGCUCAGUUUGGAAUUGGGAUCGUAUAGUUGCGAUGUUUGCAGCGAGGAAGAGGAUGCCGAAGAAAUACUGCACAACAACAGCGUGUUCGACUCCCAAUUGACACUUCUUUUGGAUGUAAUUUCGGACUGGAACCUCGAAAAGGGCGACAGACGACACUCUGGCCUUCACCUUUGUUUCAGUGCUAAAUCGCCCGACGACACUGCCCACUACUUCAGGGUGAACUCUAGAAUCAGGCACCUAUCUGAUCGCCUUUCCUGGUUUGAUUAUGAAUCCGCUGCCAUCCAUGGGGCAAGAAAGCGUACCGUGGGAAAUCUUCUGGAUUUCAAAACCGCCGCUUUCAACCUGACGAACUCAGUUGGAAAUGAGUCAAACGUCUCACCAGUCGUUUCAAGGGCUGCAAUAGUCAAAAGGUUUAGCAACGAGGACUGCCGAACUCUAUCUGAAAACGCCAUUCGAGUUCUUCUUUGGCGCUUGAACAAUUUGGAGGCCAUUGAGUACAGGCCUUGGCGUGGUGUCGACAUGUCGGAUCAACUUGAACGAGACGAUGCAAACGCCGCACUUCUUGAAAGCCUCCCGCCUACAGUAAAGAAAGUCAAGCUCUGGGAGGUUCGAUGCGACAGAUUUCAUGGGCGGUACGAUAAAUCGGAACACAGUCGCCGUGUUGCCCGGGCGGCCGUGCGAGCAUGUCGUCGUCUAAUUUCCUUCAGCUCGCUUGACGUUCUCAACGCGAUGCAUUUCUUCCACGAAGUCAUCCAACUUUCCGUACCGCCGCUGCUAUAUGAUCCCGAACGCUGGUCAUGUCUUCGACACUUGGCCCUUACGUCUUCGGAUAUGAAUCCAAGACUGAACGCGGAAUAUACUCAGGAGCUCUUACGUCACGGAGCGUUGGCGGCACUUCAUUUGCCGAAUCUAAAACUUAUGGAGUUGUGGCGGAAUUGGAAGCGAGCGGCUAUCCUAUUCAAAUACGAAGUAUUGGACUACUCGGUUCAUAUCUCGUAUGGCGCAUCAUGGGAUGUUGAGUUACGAGACGACGUUCUGGAUGGGUGGAAGAUUGUGGCGGAACGACAUGGACAUACUCGUGUUGAUAUACGCACUUCAAUCAUUGAAAGUGUGACGGGGAAUUCCGAUGUAUCUACCUUGCUCCGCGUUAAUUCCUUCUGA